AUGGUGCUCGAAGAGCAGAGAUUUAUCCAUGAGGACCUCGAGAGGUUAGAGCAAGCCGUCGCGGAUCGCGUGGCCGAAGAUCCUCGUAAUAUUCGGGACCGACUUGCUCGCGACCACGAGGUGGCCCAUUUUCUUGCGCGUAUCGAGGAUCAAUCGAAACGGCUACUCGAGAUUUACAACGAUGCGGAGGGUGCACGCGAGAAGGAAAUCCAGGCGAUUUCGACCGGUGACCAAUUCGAGGAGUUCUACAAGCAACUGAAUGAUAUCAAGGAUUUCCACAAGCGCUACCCGAACGAACCUGUCGAGAACCUCGAACGAGCCUAUAAGCGUCGUGAAGGAGAACCGAUAGGGGUCAACAUUGACAACAUGUUCAGCGGUGAAGAAGGAUUUGGACAGUUCUUGGACUUGACAAUGCUACACGAAGACUAUCUGAACCUCCCUGGCGCGAAGAGGUUACCGUACACUCAAUAUCUUGAGGUGUUCGACUGUUUUGUCCCUCCGCACCUCCUGAUUAAACGCCCCAAUAAGAUCUCGGAUAAAUACUUCAACUAUGUCGGAGAACUUGCGUCCUACUUGGAGAACUUCAUGAAGAAGGUGCGGCCUUUGCAAGGUCUUGACACAUUGUUCGCCAGCUUUGAUGAGGAGUUCGAGAGACAAUGGACAGCGAACGAAGUCCCUGGAUGGGCCGAGGAGAAGGCUGAAGACGGCACGCAAGGUCCGAAAACCGAGGGGUCCGGAGAAGGUAUCUGGUGUCCGGACUGUGAGAAGGAAUUUAAAAACGAGAAUGUCUACAAGAACCACUUGACUGGUAAAAAGCACAUUCGGGCGGCAGAGGCCCGUAAAGCUGCCGGAGGAGGCGACGAAAGUUCAGCAUCAACGAAAACUGGCUCAUCCUCUGCCGUUCAUCGCCUAAAGGAACGCGCGGUGGCUGAACGUGAACACCGGGUCCGUUCACUGGCUAAGGUCCUCGAGAAGGAGCGUCAGGCUACACGCAUCAACGUUGAGCGGAAGCAAGGCAUGACGGAGCGUGAACGCCAGAUGGAACUUGAAUCCAUCUAUGGUGAUUCUGAGUUUCCCGGCGAAGGCCGUGAAGAAGAGGAGUCUGACAAUGAAGGCGACGAUCGAAUCUAUAACCCCCUCAAGUUGCCACUGGCAUGGGACGGCAAGCCCAUUCCGUACUGGCUUUACAAGCUGCAUGGGCUGGGUGUCGAAUACACCUGCGAGAUAUGCGGAAACUUUGUUUACAUGGGCCGUCGUGCCUUUGACAAACACUUUUCAGAGGCGUUGCACAUUUUCGGUCUCAAGUGCUUGGGUAUCACAUCUAAUACGAACCUCUUCCGGGAGAUCACGCGAAUCGAGGAUGCUGUCAAACUAUGGGAGAAGCUCGAGCAGGAGAAGAAGAAGGACAGAGAAUCUCGCGAUAACGUAGUACAGAUGGAGGAUGCAGAGGGCAAUGUCAUGCCCGAGAGAGUAUACCUGGAUCUUCAAAAACAGGGUAUUCUCUAG